AUAGUGGUAUCAGAGCCAUCAUCCCUCUCACGUGCUCGAUCAUGGCCACUCCUAAUAAUUCCCCAAACUCUGCUGCCUCAAAAACCUCCACAACUGCUGCUGUCACUGUCCUCAACUCAGGCCUAACCAAUGGCCCACUUUCCUUCAACUCAGCCGCGUUUCCGAUGAAACUAACUCCCACAAAUUAUUUAUCUUGGAAAGCUCAAUUUACCUCUUUGCUUGCAGGUUAUGAACUUGAUGGCUAUCUUGAUGGCAGACAUCCCUGUCCAGUUGCAACAGCACCUGAAUACAGCUUAUGGGCACGCCAAGAUCAACUUCUGCGCCAUGCCCUCAUCACCUCCGUAUCGGAGAAUAUUACCCCAUACAUUGCUGCUGCUGCUACAGCCCAACAGGCGUGGGAAACCUUGGCCAAACUCUAUGCUAAUCGUUCCCGCACUUGGGUAAUCACACUGAAGGAGCGACUUCAAAACAUGAAGUGUGCUGGGCGCUCCGUCUCGGAAUAUCUACGAGACCUAAAAACAGUUGCCGAUGAACUUGGGAUCGUGGAUCGACCAUUAACCGACGAUGAUCUAACGGUAUACAUCCUCAACGGGUUGGGACCAGAAUUUAGAGAAAUUGCUGCGUCUCUCCGAGCCCGCGAUUCAUCUCUUUCCUUUGAUGAUUUGCAUGACCGACUUGUUGCUCAUGAAGAGAGCCUUCAUAGGGAAGACAAUCGAGUUGAUUUAACUCCAGCAACUGCUCACUUUGCUGCUGCCCCGAUGGCACCUCGCUCUGGAUUUGGGCCACCUCAAUUUUUUUCUUGGCGUCGAGGCGAUUCCCACCAGUGGUGGUCUGUUCCUGUCACAGCAUCGUAUCUGGCCAUGACGCGUCCUGAUCUUUCUUUCGCUGUCAACCGGCUGUCUCAGUUCAUGCAUCAACCUACCACUGUCCAUUGGCAGGCUGCUAAGCGGGUGUUGCGUUAUCUGCGGGGUACAUGCUUCCAUGGGCUUCUGCUUCGCCCUCAACCCUCAUUGUCUCUCCAUGCUUUUUCGGACGCCGACUGGGCCGGUGAUCGUAGCUCAUUUGUUAGCACCACGGGCUAUUUGGUUUUUCUGGGUUCCAAUCCCAUUUCCUGGCGCGCUGCCAAACAGAAAGCAGUUGCCAGAAGCUCCACCGAGGCCGAGUACCGGGCGCUCGCAGCUACUGCUUCUGAAGUGAUCUGGAUCAGUCACUUGCUCUCAGAAUUGGGUGUUUCUCCUCCAGCUUCUCCUGCCAUUUUCUGUGAUAAUGUGGGUGCUACCUACCUGAGCUUGAAUCCCGUCAUGCACUCUCGCAUGAAGCACAUUGCCAUUGAUCUUCAUUUCGUGCGAGACUUGGUUGAUAAACGGCUUUUGCAUGUCUCCCAUAUCUCCUCUCAUGAUCAACUGGCUGAUGGUCUCACCAAAUCUCUCUCCACAGCUAGGUUCUCCACUCUUCGAUCCAAGAUCGGUGUUGCCAACGGCACCUCCGUCUUGCGGGGGCGUAUUAAGGACAAUAAUUCACAGCAAAUCAAAUCUUAGAUUUACUGAAUCAAUUUGUCAUUACUAC